CAGUGGGGGGCAGCAGCUGUUUGCUCAGUGUCAAGCUAGCACCUUGUUAGCACCCAGCUAGCAUCGGUAGCCGAGGAGGAGCUAGCUGCUCACCAAACAACCUGCCACACUCCCCGUUUAAACCUUUGCUUUUAGUCCAGAACGUCUUUGUUUUGUUUGCGAUUCAAAGCUUGGCUUUUUGUCGUUUGUUUUACUCGAGAAAAAUGGUAGUUUUGACAAACGAUGAAGAACAGGAUUAUAUCCUGAUAGAGGAGCGUAAGUGCUCCUCCCUGCCCAGCUCUCCAGCAAAGCGAGUCUCUCCCACCAAAAGGAAGCAGUUCUUCAUCAACCAAGCCAUCCGCAACUCUGACCUCAUUCCCCGAGCCAAGGGCAAGAAGAGCCUUCGCCGACUGGAGAACACACGCUUUCUAGCUAAUCUUCUUGAGAAGGAUGAGUGCUCCAAAGAUGACCUGGAGGUGUGCAGCAACCCGGCGAUCCCAUCCAUCUUCACUGAAGCCUGUACCAACGGAAACUACGUAGAGCCGUGGAAUGACUUCAUGAAUUGCUCCGGCGAGGAGCAGGAGAGGCUGCUGUCUCUGCUGGAGCAGGAGGAGGCCAAGAAGAGAAGCCCCAAGUGGCCCCUGGGGGACGAGAGGAAUGGUGAGCGUCUCGCUCCGUGCUCGUUGGACUGCUUCCAAAGAAUCGACCGCAGGCUGCGAGUGACUCUUAGACGGAAACAAAUCCCCGUGGGAAUCCUGGAAGUACUUGAGGAACACCUUCUGAGCUUCUUUGUCACUCAGCCUCACUCGGUUUACACCACCAUCCUCGCCAGCAGCUUUGAGAGACUGCUGCUUCACGCUGUGUGCCAAUAUAUGGACCUUGUCUCUACAAGCACCGACCACAACCGGACGCGUCAGACCGAAGUGGUGAACAAACAAGAAGACUUUCUGCCUCCUACACUUCAGCUGUCGGCCUACUUGGAGCAGUUGAGCUGAGAUCGGGUCCACGCCAUGUUUCCCUGUUUCUUCCGCCCAGCUCUGCUGCAGGAAGGAGCUCUGAGAGAUGGAGAUAAUUCUGUGUGUGUCGUCUAGGUAACGUCCACAAAGUUCGUAAAAUAGAGCUGGAAGUCACCUUUCUUUCUCUCGUUCGUCCCUGGUUUCUCUAGGAAGUUUUAACCCAUAAACACAUGCCAGUUAUAUGAGGUUCUGUAUGCAAACCAGCGCACACACAACAUUUCCCUCACUGGGAAAGCGUUGUCAGAGCUGUGCAUAACAUGUUAAAUACAGCAUCAUAGAGCUCUUUGGCUCCGAUACGGCACUUAGAUUAAAGGGAAUCCCCUUGAACACACUAAUAUUAUCGGGAAUAUAUAUCAGAACUGGAUUUGUGUAAUUUACUCUUAACAAAUACAUGCUGCAAGCAAAUAAUGUUUCACACAAAAACAAAUUGUCGUGAGCAUUGUGAAAGCAUUAUGUUUAAAUUAAUUCAUGAGCUUUAAGUUAAGGCAGAGACUGUAAACAGGUCAGUAAAUGUUUUUUUUCCCACACUGUCUUUUCAUGGUGCGUAUGAUAUUUCACAUAUCAUUAAGUUCAGACAACAUUAUAUAGGACCUUUUAGUAUUUAUUUCUAUAGAUAUCAUUGUCUGUUCUUGAAAAUUGGAAUGUAAACAUACCCAGCCCUGCCGUUUACAUGACAGGGAUGUCAUGUUUAAUAUUAGUCAAGUCAAGUUAAAAAGAAUAUCAUCCUAAAAAAACCUUUUGAAUUAAAACCAGUUGUCAGCUUUGUGUUGCUAAUGAUGAACAACUUCUUGCAAAGGUGCUAAAAUGGAGGCCCGCAUGAGGAAAUGCGUCGCUGCCUGAAGGAUUAGCCUGUAGGAUUUGUGUAAGCGGUGAGGUGUGAAGCAUGAAUAUGAAUAAUCUCUACAUGAUACGCAUGAUACACAUCUCAUCAUCGUUGGUGAAGAUGUAAUUGUCUGUUGUCAACUUCUGGGAUGCAUGGAAAGUAAUAUUUGUAUCACCUCGUCUACACUUGAAUCAACUGAGAGAUGCACAUUUACAUUUAGACCUGUAUGCAUCCAAGAAGCACGCGGGUGGUUUUGUUGCUAAAGUACAUGAUGGUAUGGCGGCAGGGAGGCUAAGCAGAGCCAGUGAAGGCAUGCAGUGCCAAUGAGACCAGUCAAGGAACUACAUUGUAGUUACAAACUGCAAAUAGCCCCCGACCCUGAGAUGUAUUUGUGUGCUUCUUACUGCGUGCACUGUGCAAAUUCAUCAUUGAAAGCCUUUUUUGUUUUACAUAAUGGUAAAUGGUUUAAAAGUUUGUUACAUGAGUAGAAAAAGCACCAUUUUAAAGUGUUUUGAGGAGUGAUGUUUCAUCUCAAUAUCCACAUUUACAACCUCGGAUCUUCUGCCUUAAGAACACGCAUUUUCUUUUUUUUCUGUACAUAUUUUUCUACAUUUGUGCUUGACUGAAUUUGGCAAACAGACAAAAAGUAAUCCUUGACCUGUUGACAUUUUGUCAACAACCAAAGUUUUUGUGUGGAAAUCCAUUUUCUCAGGUUCUCAACUUCUGAUUGAAUGUCACCUAAUUUUCGGUUUACUGUUUUCUUUCUUCAAGAUGGUCUUUUUAAACACAUGUAGCCAUAUUUGUGCUUUAAAAAAAUAGAACUCAGAUGAUGGAUCUGUGCCAACAUUUGGAACAAAAAAACAAAUAGUCGGAAAGCUUUAUACACCAGACUAGAAUAUCUUUUAUGUAUGUGCUACAGUACUUAUUUAUAAUUAACUCUUCAUCUAUUAAAGGGUUGAAGAUA